GUAGCAGUGGGCGUGCCCUCGCGGUGACCCGGAAGUGAAGAGGAGCCGCAACGCGGUAUGAGCGCCACGAACGCUUCAUCAUAAACCUCGAUCUUCUCGCUGAUCUGAGGAGUGAACAUGGAGGCUGGAGACGCGCUGGACGUGCGUCAGGCUCUCGCCACGCUCGCGGCAGCCGGGGAUGGUGGAGAGGCACGGAGCUCCCUCGAGCUCCUCACAUCCUUCCUCCACACCUCGAGCUCGCGACGGGACCAGUUUGAAGAGCUCUACUAUGCCCGCUUCGUGGAGGUUCUGCUGGGCCAGCUGAGCGCCGACUGGCUGUCCGCUCUGCGCUUUGAGCAGCAGCGCAGCCUGGUGGACGCAGCGCUGCUCUGUGGCCCGCCCGACCAGGCUCUGCUGGCUCUACUGGCCGCUCUGGCCGGGUUAGAGGCAUCAAGUCGCCUUGACAAAUGCGUGUCCCUGCUGGAGACCUUCCUACGCCAGGGUCGCCUGGCCGAGUUGAUGUUUCGCAGCUGCGUGGAGCAGCCUGGGAGCCUGUGCGAGAGCAGCGUCACGCAGGAGAUAUUGCUCGGGAAGAUGGUUGCCUUGCCUGACUUGGCAGCCAACAAACUCAAGCUAAGCAACAGAGAAAUGUUCAGGCCUGUGCGAUACUUCGAGCUGCUAGCAACGGAAACGUUUGCCGCCCUUGAGAGGGUUUGUGCGGCGCUUAGAGAUGGACGUGACUGCUCGCUGAAGUUCAUCUCUGCUGUGCUGGGAAAGGCGUGCACACAGGGUCACGCGGAGACCGUGUGGGGCUCGCUGAUGCCUCGCCUAACCUCCCUCGUUGAGAUGGACUUUCUGUGGCGGAGGAUUGGCUACCGAUUGCUGGAGAAUGUGCCGGACCGCUGGAGUGAGAGCGUGAUGUUGGGCCUUGUCCGCUUGGCACCGAGGCACACAGUCCUGUCCUGGCUCUUGGGGGACCUUGUGCUCAAAAAUCCAAAGUUGCGUUACUUACUCACACAGAAGAUGCUCUUGCUCAGAUACGACAAGACGCACAUUUUAAGAAAUAUUUUGGGGUAUCUCGCGGAUGAAGCCAGCAGAAGAGCUUUGUUGAUUGAAGCAUUAAAAACACUCCUUGACACCUGGAGCAAUGCCAGCUCUGUGAAGCAUACUUCCUAUGAACAGCAUGCCUACAUCACUCAAGCCAUCCUAAUUUGCUUAGGACUGCUGAAUGAACAGGACAAAAAAAAGCACAAGCAUACAUUAUUGAGUUUGAUGAUGGGUGGUGUCAAGUGUCACCUUGAGAGUAACAUCGUAUCGGUCAGACGACUAGGCAUGAUAACAGCUGAGAGUAUUACAUCUGUCCUGGAGCCAGCGGGUCACCAGCUGAAAUUUGAGUAUGAAGAGGAUGAGGAAACUGUGCAUCUCAAAUCACUUUUAAAUCCAGAACCAGAGCAGAAUGAAGCGAAGAUGCAUUCCCAUGCUGCCAUUGUGGAAAAGAUUUCUCAGGAUCAAUACGGUAAAGAUCAACACAACCCAGAAAUGAAGGGAAGCAAGGAGGACAAAUCUUGGACUGAAAAAAAGCCAGCAGUUGAAGAUGAGGACCUUGACAGUGAUGAUGACCUGGUGCCUUAUGACAUGUCUGAUGACGACGAUGAUGAUGACAUGCCCAAACUUAAAAAGCCACAUUACAUCCGAGAUUGCAUGGAGGGUCUGCUUGCAUCAGAAAAACCGGAUAAGUUGGAAGCCGCGCUGAUGGCUGCCGAGUCGUUAAUCAGGGGUGACGCCACUUCCACAAAGGAAGUCAGCGUAGAACUUGUAAAAAUCCUCCUACACUUGGAGGAACUCUGCAGCAUCAAGAACUUCCAAAGUUUGCGUCAAAGGGCUAUGGUGGCAGCGACUGCCACGGACCCAGCCAGGGUGGCCAGUUACCUCACUGCCGAGUUCUACGGGCCGAACUACAACCUCCGGCAGCGCAUGGACAUGUUGGACACCCUUGUUUUGACGGCACAGGAGCUCUCGCAGGUGACGCUGGCUGCUGUUAAAGCUGCGCGUCCAGCGCAUGUCUCCGAGAUUACAGAGGGCGGGCCAACUCUACCCGACCCCUCCCUGCCGACCCACUGGACUGAGAUCGUGCGACGGCGUAUUGACAGCAAGACCAAGCGGUUCGCCAGUCCACGGGCUCCAGAGCCCACAGCUGCCCCGAAUAACUUUGCUGCAGUUGCUGGCAAUUUUUUCUUUCCACUGAUUAGGAACUAUGAUAACAAGCUGGAUACGUUUGACUUGCUCGGCGAGGAUCACAUGGUGUUGGCGCGCUUGCUGCACACGCUGGGCGCAAUAAUGCACGCUGCCUCAUGCGCCCCGCUAGCUCCACGCAUGGCCAAGACGCUGCUGGACUUCCUUUGGGCCCUGCGUUACCACAGCGACCCUAUUGUGCGCCGCGGCCUGCUCUUCUGCCUGGCAAUGGCCACAGCAGCUGUGCCGAGCGUCUGUGUUGAGGCCGAACUGCUCGGGGAGGCCACAGAGACCCGGGCCUGGCUCGAAGACAUGAUGGAGAGUGAGCCCGACCGCGAGUGCCAGCAGCUUGCACUCCAGUGCUUGCUGAUUGUCGACGGGGCCCUCAAGAAGGAGCUGGCUGUCACGCAGUAAGCGGGGGGGCAGCUGCUUGCCUAAGCACGGACAUUUGUAUUGGCAGCGACCUCAAUUGGCUACGUUGAUGUUUUUCUGCUAAGGGAUAUAUAAGUGCAACUUUAAUGUGGGUGCACUCUCAGCAAGACUGAUGAGUGCCCUAAAAGGUAUGUGCAUGCACAAUUAGGUUUUUCUUCCCCCAACCAGUGGCACACUGGUGUCAACACUUAACGUUGCUAAUGCAUGUUAACAGGAAGCAGACAGGGCGAGGCGGUGGAUGGAAAAGUGUCAUUCAUCUGGGUUUCCAUUACUUGUCGUGGAUGAUGAAAUGCACUCUUUGCUUUAACACACUUGCUCUUUGUCAAGUAAACCUCCACUAUGUGAAUAAUCAAAAUGUUUUGUGACAUUGUAGAUAUAAUGUAGAAUUUGUACACAAUUGUAUAUACUGUCCAGCAUUGCUAUGCUAUGAACAAUUAUAUUCUGACUUGUAUAAAAUAUAAUGGUAUAUGGCCUAAUGAUGAUCGAAGUCAUUUGUGUAAUAUACAUCGAUAAAAACUAGCAAAGAUAAGUAAAUGCUUUUAUAAUAGAUUUGAAACUGAAAUGCAGCCCAAGUUUGUUGGCUGCAGCGUAUCGCUGUUGGUGGAGUUUUAUACACCCUGUCAUUUAGCUUAGGUUAGUGACAUCCUGCAAUAGCAGUGUAAUGGCAAUGAUCACCUGUGUUAAAAAGGCCAUUAAUAAGGUUUAUUUGCAUUCGUACCUUUUUGGGAGGUAAACGGAAUGUUAUUUGAUUACGUGAACAUUUUGUGCAAGCUGUAUUUGAUUCUAUAAACGCCUUGAGUCUGAAAAAAGGAAUAAAAGGGCCUGUAUUGAAAGUGUGAAUAACCAUAGCAAAAGUAUGGGUGUUU